UAAGCUGAAGUUCGAGUCAGCAACGUCCUUGGCGGUUUACCCCAUUUUGCGUUUGGUUAUCUUGUGCAGUUUUCGUGUCAAUUGACCAAUUAACCGUGGCUUUCGAAUGCAUGUCUCUCCGUAGGCAGUAGUAAUUUUCACUCCGUUGUUCGUGUAGUGUUCUACUCAUCGAUCAUUUGUACCGUAUGGAAUCUAGAUUUCAAAACGUCUGCAGCUGAAUGAGUCGUAAACCCGAUAUGGGUACGAAUAUUAAGUGUCGACUGCAUAGGGGCAUACGUCGUACCCCGAUCAAGCGCACCUGAUUAUCGGAGGAAAAAUUCAGGGCGUUCGGUACUUGCAGAGUUUUCUGUUAUUCCUAUGCCUUUUCGCAGCUUACCUGCUACGGGUGAGCAUAUCCGUUGCAAUCGUGGCUAUGACACCGGACAAAAACUCUUCAGACUUCUUAGUCGAAUUGCACUAUCACAUUCCUGUGUUCAAUUGGACACAAUACACGAAAAGUUUGAUCCUGAGCGCAUUCUUUUGGGGCUACCUCAUCAUGAACCUGCCCGCUGCCAUGAUUGGUCGUCGAUACAAUAAUCAAAUGCUAUUGGCCAUGAGCAUGACAUUGACCGUAGCUCUCAGUCUAAUCACCCCGGCAUUAGUGGUGGCUUUCGAUUGGCCGGUGCUUGUGCUUAUAAGGUUUUUACAGGGAAUCACUCAAGCGUUUACUAUGCCAAUGAUACACGGUAUUAGCGCCAAGUGGGCACCACCGAAUGAACGCGGUCGUCUCGUGGGAUUUGUAUUAGGAGGUCUUCAGUUUGGCACAGUGGUUACAUUAGUUGGUUCAGGGAUAUUAGCAAGUACCCGUUCAGGUUGGCCGUCUAUUUAUUAUGUAAGCGGUGUAUUUGGAAUUAUUUGGGUGGUACUAUGGCUAUCGCUAGGGUCAGAAAGUCCAGAAACACAUAGACUAAUCACACAAUACGAGAAAAACUACAUCAAGUCGUCGUUGACUCAAACUGUUUCGGAUAAAAAGAACUUGAUAACUCCUUGGAAAAAGAUAUUUACCUCAAUGCCAGUAUGGGCUGUUACAAUAUCACAUGCUGGUCACAACUGUGGGUUUUGGCUGCUGCUCAGUGAAAUGCCAACGUUCAUAAGUUCCGUGCUCAAGUUUGACAUUAAAUCGGAUGGAUUUGUAUCUGCAUUACCGUACUUGGCCAUGUGGCUGUGUCAAUUUCCAGUUACAUAUUUUGCCGACUAUAUGAACAAGAAAAAUGUGACUUCUCUCACUUUUUCACGUAAAUUUUGGAAUACUUUAGGAAUGGGCGGCGGAGCAUUGGGUCUCGUUGUCCUGGGGUACAUGGGCGAGAACGCGAAUGCGGCCAUUUGUCUAUACGUGUUUGUGGUGGCCAUUGGCUGCUGCACAAAUGUCGGGUUCAACAUAAAUCACUUGGAUUUGGCACCCAAUUACGCGGGGAUCUUGAUGGGCUUCACAAACGCGGUGGCGUCUUUGGGAGGUGUGCUGGCCCCGACGGUUUGCGGAUUAAUCGUACACGAUCAGACGGCGGUGGAUGAAUGGAGGAUCGUAUUCACUUUAGGAGCUGCCAUACUGUUCUUCUCCAGCAUUUUCUACAUCAUUUUCGGAUCUGCAGAGGUACAACCGUGGAAUGAUCCAAAAAUCGAAAAUGUUAGCGUUCGGAGUUUCAUACAGAUGAAGACGGAUUACGGCACUUCCGCGGGAUUCAUUUCACCGGCGUUUGGUAAAUUAUCGUGAAUGUUUUUUUUUUUAUAUAUAUAUACAUUCCCGACGGCAAGAAAUCAAAAACCGUAUUAUUUUUUUACCCACAGUCAAAGCUACGCCAAAGUACAUCUUGUUUGUACGACAGUAACGCGUGUUUAUUAUUUAACACGGAUAUCGCCGCUUGUAUUUUUUUUUUUUUUUUUUUUUUUUUUUACUGAGCGAAACCGGCCGUCCGCAACAUUACUUUUUAUACGUUUUCGUUGCGUUAUGUUUUGUUUAUUUUUAGAAUUUAUAUUUUGUUACGUGUAUAGU